GCACACACACACUCCCCUCUUUGCGCGUCCCCACCACCUUCUCAAGUUGUAGCGGAGGCUCGCAGGGGGUUCUGCGUGGGCGGCGGAAGGGCGCGCGGGGGAGGGGGCGCGGACCGCUCCGCUCUGUGCGGAGCGCGAGUGUGCGCGCUCAGAGCCCGGGCGGCGGGUCCCGGCCACGGGAGAUGAAGGGACUGCACUGACAGGGGAAAGGGGGCACCGCGGCGGUGGCUCAGAAGGGACCUGCGAUGGCAGCGCCUCGGGAGGAAGCUCCGGGGAGAGCGGGCAGCGCUGGCAGCGGCCACUGAGGUGCUGGCCGACCGGCCACCGGGACUGAAGGGACGAGAGGCACCCCUCCGCGCCUGCACCCCUGCUCCCUCGCCUCAGCUGCCUAAACUUCAGGCUCCCUUCCACCCGCCCUCCGCGCCCGGUGUCAACAACUUCUUCGCCCUCCUCCGCCUCCGCCCUUGCCUCCGCCAGCCCCGGGAGCCCGCCGCGCGGCGGGGACCAGGAAUCUUCAGCACCGAGAUGCGACCGUGAGGCGUUGGCGCGGGGCAAGGAGAAGCUCGGCCGCGCCGGGGAGCGGGAAGGCGGUGUGGCCGGGGGGACCGGGCGGAGGGGCGCGACCGCUCCGCGCCUCCCCACCCCCCGCGCCUCCUCCUCCCGCCGCUGCCCGUUCCGUGCAAGCAGCAGCCAGAGCUGCCAAGCGGCAGGGCCGCGGAGAUGUCGUCGUCGUCGCCGCUGCCGGCGGGGGCUGCUAGCGCCGCCAUCUCGGCCUCGGAGAAAGUGGACGGCUUCACCCGGAAAUCGGUGCGCAAGGCGCUGAGGCAGAAGCGCUCCCAGGGCUCGUCGCAGUUCCGCAGCCAGGGCAGCCAGGCGGAGCUGCACCCCUUGCCCCAGCUCAAAGAUGCCACUUCAAAUGAACAACAAGAGCUCUUCUGUCAGAAGUUGCAACAGUGUUGCAUACUGUUCGAUUUCAUGGACUCUGUUUCAGACUUGAAGAGCAAAGAAAUUAAAAGAGCAACACUGAAUGAAUUGGUUGAGUAUGUUUCAACUAAUCGUGGUGUAAUCGUUGAAUCAGCGUAUUCUGACAUAGUAAAAAUGAUCAGUGCUAAUAUCUUCCGUACCCUUCCUCCAAGCGAUAAUCCAGAUUUUGAUCCAGAGGAGGAUGAACCCACGCUUGAGGCUUCUUGGCCUCACAUACAAUUGGUGUAUGAAUUCUUCUUAAGAUUUUUGGAGAGCCCUGAUUUCCAGCCUAGCAUUGCAAAGCGAUACAUUGAUCAGAAAUUUGUACAACAGCUCCUGGAGCUUUUUGAUAGUGAAGAUCCCAGAGAACGUGACUUCCUGAAGACUGUGCUGCAUCGAAUUUAUGGGAAAUUUCUUGGAUUAAGAGCAUUCAUCAGAAAACAGAUUAACAACAUUUUCCUCAGGUUUAUAUAUGAAACAGAACAUUUCAAUGGUGUCGCUGAACUCCUGGAAAUAUUAGGAAGUAUUAUCAAUGGCUUUGCAUUGCCACUGAAAGCAGAACAUAAACAAUUUCUAAUGAAGGUUCUUAUUCCUAUGCAUACUGCAAAAGGAUUAGCUUUGUUUCAUGCUCAGCUAGCCUACUGUGUUGUACAGUUUCUGGAGAAAGAUACAACGCUAACAGAACCAGUGAUCAGAGGAUUGCUGAAAUUUUGGCCAAAAACAUGCAGUCAGAAAGAGGUGAUGUUUUUAGGAGAAAUUGAAGAAAUCUUAGAUGUCAUUGAACCAACACAGUUCAAAAAAAUUGAAGAGCCCCUUUUUAAGCAAAUAUCCAAGUGUGUAUCCAGUUCUCAUUUUCAGGUUGCAGAAAGGGCAUUGUACUUCUGGAAUAAUGAAUAUAUUCUUAGUUUGAUUGAGGAGAACAUUGAUAAAAUUCUGCCAAUUAUGUUUGGUAGUUUGUACAAAAUCUCCAAAGAACACUGGAAUCAGACCAUCGUAGCACUGGUCUACAAUGUGCUGAAAACCCUAAUGGAAAUGAAUGGCAAGCUUUUUGAUGAUCUUACUAGCUCAUACAAAGCUGAAAGACAAAGAGAGAAAAAGAAGGAAUUGGAACGUGAAGAAUUAUGGAAAAAAUUAGAGGAGCUAAAGCUAAAGAAAGCUCUGGAAAAGCAGAACAGUGCUUAUAACAUGCACAGUAUUCUCAGCAAUACAAGUAAUGAAUAAAAAAAAGCCUGCCACUUCUGUUGGACAGGCAGUUUUGUACACUUUUUCAAAAUAUGUAAAAAUUAUGAAACAAACCUCAUCAGUAUAAUUAAAAGGCCAAUUUUUUAUGGCAACUGUAAAUGAAAAAACUAUAUGGACUAAUAGCCCUGUGCUAUCAAGGCCACAGUAUAUUGUAACAUUUGUCUAAUCAUUGAUUUAUUGUGUCACUUCUGAAGUUUCACAAAAAUGAAUGAACUUUAUCAUCUAUAAUGAGUGAGAUAAUUAUGGGAGUGGUAAGAAUUAUGACUUGAAUUCUUUUUUUUAUUGUGUUGCACAUAGAUAAAGUAGUCUGCUCUGUAUAUUUUUCCCUUUUAUAAUGUGCUUUUCACAUUGCUGCAGACCUUAGUUACAUCCUAGGAAAAAGAGUAUUUCCUGAAAUAAAACUAAGGUAUAUAUAAUCCUUACCCUUCCCUUAAUCCCUCUCAGGAAUGUGAUGGGGGAAUUACCUGCCCUAAGCCUGCCUUCAUUAGAGAUAAUGCUGUACUCUGGAGUUUGAGCAAGAACUUAAAUCUCCAGGCUUUUUAAAGCACAAAAUAUAAAUAAAAGCUGGGAAAGUAAACCAAAUUCUUCAGGUGGUUCCUCAUGAAUACUCCCCUCAUCUGCAACUCCCCGGUGAUGCGCACAGGUUAGUGGAGGCAGUGCAGGCGACACUCGGCCGCCUCUCCAUUCAUUCCUCCUCCUCCUCCUCCUCCCAAAGGCUGAAGGCAGGGCCCUUCCAGUCCUCACAACCUGCCUUCCCUCCAGUCCCUCCUGACCCAGGAAAGGGGCUCUGAGUCCCACAGUGUGGUGACCCGGAGCGCUCAUUGCCACUGCCUGGCUUUAUUUAAAGGAAAUGCAGUAGGCUUCCUCUGUAGAGUUCUGAGAAAGUUGACUAUAGAGAAGUCUUGUAUGUCUAUACUUGGUCAAGUAUUUCUCACAAAUUUUGUUAUCAGAGUACCAUUCCAAUCUCUUGCAGUCGUGUGGAAACUGUUUUGUAAUGAAAGAUCUUCAUUGGGGGAUUGAGCAGCAUUUAAUAAAGUCUAUGUUUGUAUUUUGCCUUA